CAACCAGAACCAGAACCAGACCGGACCACCAUCAGUGAUCAGAGUCAGUGAUUCACUCAGUUCAUUCUCUGUUAAAAAUUAAUUAAUGACAGAUUGAAGCAAUUAUUUCCUAUGAGUUUACUGACACGGCUGGACAGUCUGUUUGGACCGGCUCCAUGUGUAAAGGGUCAUGAGAUAACUGUUAUGAUUCUGAGUUAUAGAAAUAAAAUUUAAUUUGAUUUAUUGAACUGGAUGAAUUUUACAUCACCAAUAACAGAGCUCCAUCAGAUAAGAGAGAGAGAGGAGGAGGAGGGGGAGAAAGGGAGGAGUCACCCCCCAGUGGCCAAUCACAGUUGAGCUGGGCUGGGAUCGUCUGCUCUGGGUGGUUGUUUCUGUUUCCUGUUUCUUUGGUGGGUGUUUCCAGUAAACUCGACCGUUGGACUGAGUGCAGACGGUGUUUGUUUGGUAACUCUUCAGCUCAAAUGGAAUCGGUUCGUGUUUUUCUUCUCUGUGGACUGGUUCUACUGGUGCUUCCUCCAGUUUCCUCCUCUCCAGGUGUUUGGUCCAUCUCAGCUCAUGUUGGAGAUGACGUCACACUGACAUGUAAAACUUCAGGUGGUCUGAACCUUGAAGAUGCUGCUGUAAAUUGGACCAGACCAGACCUGGGUCAGUACGUCUUCUUCUACAGAGAUGGUAGACCUGAUCCAGAGGAGCAGCACCCAUCCUAUCAGGGGCGGGUGGAUCUGGUCCACAGUCAGCUGACGGAUGGAGACCUGUCAGUGGUUCUGAAGAACGUGAGGGCAAACGACUCUGGAACGUUUGAGUGUUAUCUGAUCCCGAUGUUGGAGAACCAAACAGAGGGAUCCAGGUCUGAGCCUAAACUCCUCAGCACCAUCGUUCUGAAGGUCUCAGAUCCAGCAGGUUCCUCUGGGAACAGGAAGGAGACAGGAGACGAUGGAGGACAUGAGGACAGCGGUAACCUCGGACUCACUGUUGGUCUGUCGGUCAUUGGGUUCACCGGGUUCAUCGUGGCAGUUCUUCUGGUGUCCAGAAGACGAGGAGUCAGCUGUCGUGGUCCUUCUGUUUUCAGCAGAGACCUGGAGGACCGAUGUUCCACUGUGUCUGAGACAGUGGAGUCCAUGGUCUAAAUGCCUUUUGUUUUUAACACAUUCAUUUAUCAUUUUUUUGGCUCAGAUUUCAGUUCCAUUGAACAUUUCAGUAUUUCAUUUCAGAGGCAGUAAACAUGUCCCAUUCUCCAUUCGGUUUUAAAGUAUUGAACCAUUUGAAGCUCAUAGUGUUUAGUGUGUUCAUGUCUGACCUCUCCAACUGAUUUGAAUCUUUACUCAGUUUAAAAAAAGCAGGAGGUCGGUUUUAGGUCAGAUGUGUUUGUAUUAGUGUUGGAGCUGAUCAGGUUGAGAAUGCAGAAAUACUACAUGUUUGGAUCUGUCUGCAUUUGGAACACUUCAUUCAUAACAGUGUUGUUCUAUUCAUGAACCUGGAACAAAGCAGAACCCACUGCAGAGUCCACUGUGAUCAGAUGAAAACACAGACUUCAACAUAAACUCCUCAAACGAGCGUCCGAUCAACACACAGGAAGUAAACGGACUGAAACGAAAACAUGAACCACAGACACAGAACCACCAGGAAAAAAAACCAAAACAAAUGUAGAACCAUGAUUUGUCAAAGCCACUCCCAUUUCAACAUGAGUUUAAUUCAACAUUUCAACCACAGGAGUGUCUGUGUUUACUCCAGACUGUUCUCUGAUUGGACGAUGAGUUUGUCUGUCAACCAGCUGAAUAAUAAAG